CCGUUGAUCUUUUCUGAUCAUGGGCCAUGGGUGCUAUCUAUUUUCCUUUUAUUUAUUUCUUGUUCUCGAUCUCUCCUCUUACCUCGAAUCCAAACUUCGAUCCCCAUUUCCCAUGAGUUUUGCGGUCUCUUUUUAACCGCUAAAACCAUUGAUUUUGCGGCAAGGGAAAAAGCUCUGAGGUUUUUGGAACUUACCCUUUUACUUUUUCAGCUUCUUCUAAAACGGGUUGCUUUUAUUCUUUGAUGUUAGAUUGUUUACGGAUGUGAAGUUUGUUUUUUUUCCUGAAGAGAAAAAAAUUGAUUUGGAAGUUGUUUGAGAUUGUGUAUUGUUUGUUCUAUGGCUAAUACCAGGAAACUGCGUUUGAAAGAUGCAGCUCUUAAGCGUCUGCUAUAUGUUGUUUUAGUUACUUUAUUAGGAGUUUCACUUUUGGUAGUUUCUCUUAGGACCAAUACAACGCCUGGUUUAAAUCGAUUAAAUGAAGAUUUAAGUGAAACCAUUGAUGUUCAGAGCUUUAGUGGCAUGCUCAACCUUCCUAAACUGAAUGAGUUUUCGACUCUAUUGGAAAAACAAAAUCAAUUGCCCCCUAGGAAUAGAGAUCUGUAUCCUAAGUUAGCUAAAGAUCAUAUAACCAUUGUUUUAUACGUGCAUAAUCGGCCUCAAUAUCUCCGAGUGGUUGUUGAAAGCUUGUCCAAGGUUGCGGGGAUAAGUGAGACAUUGCUGAUAGUUAGCCACGAUGGAUACUUUGAAGAAAUGAAUAAGAUUGUGGAAGGGAUCAAAUUUUGCCAAGUGAAGCAGAUUUUUGCACCGUAUUCGCCCCACGUGUUUACCGACGGUUUUCCCGGUGUUUCAUCGGAUGACUGCAAGGAAAAAGGUGAUGCAGGGGAGAAACAUUGUGUUGGGAAUCCUGAUCAGUAUGGUAACCACCGGUCUCCGAAGAUAGUUUCUUUGAAGCAUCAUUGGUGGUGGAUGAUGAAUACUGUAUGGGACGGUUUGAAGGAGACCAAAGGGCAUGAUGGGCAUAUUCUUUUCAUAGAGGAGGAUCACUUCAUUUACCCCAAUGCAUAUCGCAAUCUACAGCUUCUUGUUUCGCUGAAGCCUAUCAAAUGCCAGGAUUGCUAUGCUGCAAAUCUUGCACCUUGUGACGUGAAUGCAAGAGGGGAAGGUUGGGAUAGUUUGGUUGCAGAGAGGAUGGGAAACAUUGGAUAUGCCUUCAAUCGGACUGUUUGGAGAAAAAUCCAUUGGAAGGGUAAAGAGUUUUGCUUCUUUGACGAUUACAACUGGGAUAUAACAAUGUGGGCGACGGUCUAUCCUUCAUUUGGCAGGCCGGUGUACACAUUACGAGGUCCAAGGACUAGUGCAGUUCACUUUGGGAAGUGCGGUUUGCAUCAGGGCCAAGGGCAGAGUAAUGCUUGCAUUGAUAAUGGAUCAGUGAACAUUCAAGUAGAUGAUGUUGAUAAGGUUGCUAAUAUCAGAUCGGAAUGGGGUGUGCACGUGUAUCACGAUCAAGCUGGGUAUAAAGCUGGGUUUAAGGGCUGGGGUGGCUGGGGGGAUCACAGAGAUCAUCAACUGUGCUUGAGUUUUGCUCAAAUGUACCAUUCAUACAACACAUCUUUAGAUGUGAUGGGUUGAGUCUAAAGCAUCUCAGUUUCCCUCUGUCGUAACUGGUGAGAUCUGGAUUACUUUCUUCCAUAGUUUCUAGAAACAUAUAGAUUCUGAGUUAUAAUUUUGUAACGUUGAUGAAAUCUCUUAUUCUUUCUCCAAAUUUAGCUGCAA